AUGCGCAUGGAUCUCAAGUCCGUCUUCGACUCGCGGGAGCCCGAGAGUGUCUUCCUUGAGGACUUUGAAGCCGCUCGCAAGCUGCUUGGUGGAACGCGGAACGCGGCCGGCGCCCAAGUCCAGUCCAAGGAGUGGGUCUUGCGGUGGCGGGAAGGAGGGGUGGAGCUGCGUUGA